ACACAAGCCCUAGUGAACGCUUCCAGUACUGAACUAGUGCUAAAGUUAGACACGAUGUUUGUUAAGGUGAUUGUAUCUUGCGCUCUUCUCAGCGUGGUUCGUGGUGGACUAAUCGCAGCUCCCCACGGAGCCGUUUCAUCUCAGGGUCUGCUAUUGGGCGCUCCAGGUAUUGCCCGCGCUGGUUAUGGCUACGGCGGUCUUGGUUACGGCGGUCUGGGUUACGGCGGUCUUGGCUACGGUGGUCUAGGCUAUGGCGGCGUCGUUGCCGGCCCAGCAUUAGCAGCACCUGGUUACGGACUAGGUCACGGCAUCGCAGUUGCGCACGCGGCGCCGGUGCUGCGUCCGGCAAUUGCGCACGCCGCUGCCCCUGUUGAGGUUUAUUCCCACCCCCGCUACCAGUUUAACUAUGGAGUCGCGGACGGCCACACAGGCGACCAGAAAAGUCAAUGGGAGGCGCGCGAUGGUGACGUCGUGAAGGGGCAGUACUCUCUCGUCGAACCUGACGGCACCGUCCGUACUGUCAAUUACUCCGCUGAUGACCACAAUGGAUUCAACGCCGUAGUAAGCAGGGCAGGUCAUGCCGCGCAUCCAGGCCCUGUUCAUGGGCCAGUGGUAGCCGCUGCUCCAGUCCUGGCACAUGGACACCUCGGCUAGACCUCCUUACUAUCGACUUCCUACACCGACGACUAUUUAUUACCUAACCCUUAGAAUAAGACGGACGGAUUGACAUCGAUUACGCUUCGUGGUAUGUUAUGAGGUCUCAAGACUACAGGCUCAGCGUUUCGUAAAGUGUAUCGGGACUUCACGGCCCAAAGUUAGUCGCUUCAAGUUUUUUAAAAAGAUUAACUUUUGUAUUAUAAUUUCUAUUAG